UAGUAAUCAGUCAGAUCGUUUUCUAACGUCGAACGGAACGCGCGUUUUAUUUUUUUAUUUCAUUUUAUAAUCUUUUUAUUGUAUUUUUUUUAAAUUAAAUUAAGAAUAAUGUUGCUGCCAGUGUUCCAUUUGACAGUUGUUAUAAUAAAUUCGUUUACAAUAUGGUACGAUCAGAAUUAUGUGAAGUUCCCAUUCAAAGAGCAAAUAUCUAAGCAUAAUUUGCCGUUCAACAAUCGCAUUCUGUUCCUGACUAUGUGGGGCCUUACUCUUCAAACGGUCUACUUCGCCGUGGCUCUGCUGAACGACAUCCUGGGUUCCAACGCGCGCUCACCGAAAAAGACUUCCUUUCUGAGACUUUUUAAGGACGCACUAUUCAGCCUAGCGUUUCCCCUAGCUCUAUACGUCUUCCUAGCUUUCUGGGGCAUAUAUUUCAUAGACAAAGACCUGAUAUUCCCAGACGAACUAGCCAAAGCAAUGCCGGCUUGGUGCAACCACGUAAUGCACACAACGAUUGCACCGUUCAUCUUAAUAGAACUACUGUUUUCACCAAGGAAUUAUCCCCCAAGAAAGUUAGGAGUAUUCCUUAUUUUACUAUUCAACUUGUCGUACAUAAGUUACUUAAAUUAUAUUUAUAACAAGACUGAUACGUGGGUAUAUCCCGUGCUAGAUGUAAUGAAUUGGCCGCUAAGAGUUAUAUUUUUCGCCGCCAGUGCCUUUGUCAGUGUUAUCAUGUACAUUUUGGGCGAAAAUAUUGAUGCUGUUGUUAAUAGCCCUAAGAAACAGGUCAGCGGGAAGAAGAAACGCUGAUUCGAACAAUAAAUGGAUUUGAAAACUGA